AUGGCAGGAAGGGUGAAGUGGGUCACUGACAUUGAGAAGUCGGUGCUGAUCAACAACUUUGAGAAGAGAGGAUGGAUCCAAGUGACAGAAAAUGAAGAUUGGAACUUUUACUGGAUGAGUGUGCAAACCAUUCGCAAUGUGUUCAGCGUGGAAACUGGGUACCGUCUCUCAGAUGACCAGAUUGUCAACCACUUCCCCAACCACUAUGAACUGACCCGCAAGGACCUGAUGGUGAAGAACAUUAAAAGAUACAGGAAGGAACUGGAGAAAGAAGGAAGUCCUCUGGCAGAAAAAGAUGAGAAUGGAAAAUACCUCUAUCUGGACUUUGUCCCGGUCACCUACAUGCUCCCUGCUGACUACAACCUGUUUGUGGAGGAGUUCCGGAAGAGUCCAUCCAGCACCUGGAUCAUGAAGCCUUGUGGCAAAGCCCAGGGAAAGGGCAUCUUCCUUAUCAACAAGCUCUCACAAAUCAAAAAGUGGUCCCGGGACAGCAAGACAUCCUCGUUUGUGUCUCAGUCCACAAAAGAAGCUUAUGUGAUCUCGCUCUAUAUCAAUAAUCCGUUACUGAUCGGUGGGAGGAAGUUUGAUCUGCGUCUGUAUGUCCUGGUGUCCACAUACCGCCCACUGCGAUGCUACAUGUACAAGCUUGGCUUCUGCCGUUUCUGCACAGUAAAGUACACCCCGAGCACCAGCGAGCUGGACAACAUGUUCGUCCACCUUACCAAUGUAGCCAUCCAGAAGCACGGGGUGAGUGGCUCUUCUUUGGGCACAGGAAGUAAGAUGGCUUUGGGGGAUUUUCUCUCCUAUAUAUUUGCAAGAGGGGACCAGGCUAGUUCUAGGAGAGCCAUUCACAACCUAGUGGCCCAGACAUUGAAGGGAUUCAAACCUGUGAUGAACAAUGACAAGCACUGUUUUGAAUGCUAUGGCUACGACAUCAUCAUUGACGACAAGCUGAAGCCCUGGCUGAUUGAGGUUAAUGCGUCCCCAUCUCUCACCUCCAGCACCGCCAAUGAUCGAAUUCUUAAGUACAACCUGAUUAAUGACACCCUCAACAUCGCGGUCCCCAAUGGUGAGAUUCCUGACUGCAAAUGGAACAAGUCUCCACCCAAGGAAGUUCUUGGCAACUAUGAAAUCCUGUACGACGAGGAGCUGGCCCAGGGUGACGGGGCUGAGAGAGAGCUCAGAAGCCGCCCAGGCCAGCCAGUGGGGCCCAGAGCAGGCCGCUCAAGAGACUCAGGGAGAAAUGUUCUCACAACUUGGAAGUGA